CAUACAUUUCCUUCUGUUACAGGCUCCUGAUCCACUAUGCAAGUUUGCAACCUGAUCGUGUUUUCCCUGCUGUCGUGGAGUCCCAUCACGAGCGGCUGGCCGACUGCAAAAGCAGGGCCUCAACGGCGAGAUGCUAAAAUAUUUGCUCACCCAGGCGCAUUGCACACCAGUGAUGAUUUCAAAAGGGUUCAGCAACAUGUGCGAGACAAAGAACAACCUUGGUACAGAGCCUGGCAGCACUUGGAAUCCACAAAAUUAGCCCAGACCACUUGGGUGCCCACACCUCAAGAAGUCAUUGUUCGUGGCGCGCACGACGAGUUUCCGGAGAAUUAUGGACACGCAUACCGCGAUGCUCACUCUGCAUAUCAGCUCGCUCUCCGUUGGCAGAUCGGGGGCAACACGUCAUACGCGGAUCAUGCAGCUGAAAUAUUGGACGGCUGGGGAUCCAGCCUCGUCGAUAUCGCCGGCAACGAGGACAAAUACCUGGCGGCAGGGCUUUACGGUUAUCAAUUCGCCAACGCAGCGGAGAUACUAAGAGGGUACUCUAGCUGGCCUAAGACCAACCAGAAAGCUUUCGGUGCGAUCUUGAACAAUAUCUUCGCAGUAUACAACAGAGAGUUCCUGGAACGCCACAACAACAAGCAAGACUUUUACUAUGCGAAUUGGGACCUUUGCAAUAUCGCUUCUUUGAUGGCCAUUGGCAUUUUUAAUGAUAACAGGACUAUGUACGACUACGCUGUGGACUACUUCGAGCACGGCUUGCCAGGCCAACCCGAGGUCGUCGCCAACGGCGCUCUGCCGUAUUUCUCCAUCGCCAAUUUUACGGAAGAUGACACGGGAAAGACCCUCAUGCAAAUUCAAGAAUCUGGUCGGGAUCAGGCACAUUCUCUUCUCUGUAUCUCUUUAUUGGGCGUAAUCGGUCAACAGGGCUGGAACCAGGGAGUAGAUCUGUACUCAGUCUACGGCCAUCAGAUCCUAAAUGCUGCCGAGUAUGUCGCCAAGUAUAACACGAAUCACACCGUCCCAUACAUCCCUUACCAGAGCUGGGAAGGCGAGCUGAAAGUUGUCUCUGAGAAAGCCCGCUUUGACGUUAGGCCCGGUUUUGAAGCACUCUGUUCCCACUAUACCAAUAUCAAAAUCCUUGACGCCUCUUGGUCACUGGAGUACCGCAAGUUUGUAAACGCAAAUUUAACAGAGAACAUUGAGGGUGGCGGUGGUGAUUAUAGUCCCAAUUCCGGAGGCUAUGACGCUCUGGGUCACGGCACACUGAUGUAUCGUAUUGAUAGGGAGGAAUGAUAAAGUUUGUUCAGUCUUAAAUACUUCAUCUCCAUUUGCG